AUGCCAGAUUGGUUGUUUAGGAUGCCUUAAAAAGAUAGAGAUGACAUCAUGAAAUCUUAAAUGAUUAAAAUAGAGAUGAAUGAUAUUAUCAAGACACUGUAAAGAAGAGAUACAAAAGCAAAUAUUGAGCAUAUAUAAAAAGAAAUGAGAGAACUUUAGAUGGCAAGUUCAAAGUAAUCAGGUGUAAAAAAUAGUAUUAGUAUGUAUAAGAUCAAGCAAAAAAUGGAUUAACUUGAGAGAGAAACAAAGCAGGAAAAUUAGAAAAAUCCAUCAUUAAUUACAACUUAUCAGAAUACAUAUGAGAAAAAUUUAUUCAGUCCAACUAGUCCUUAAAAUUAGAAAAUUGUAAGAAAAAGCUCAUUAGCAAAUUAAAAACUCUAAGAUUCUUUUAACAAUACGUAGACUAAAUUUUUCGAUCCUAAGCAAGCUGGGGGUAAAAGUUCAUCUGAAGAUGGAAGAAUGAGAUACAAGCUCUUAACUAAUUUUGUUAAUGUAUACAAGGAAAAAAUGUUUUUGAGUAAUACUACAGGUGCAGGUUUUUUAUCUAAUGCUGGAGCUGAUAAAGAUAUAAUGAGCAUAGAGUAGAUGAAAUAGCAUGCGAAUGCAGAAAGAACUGAUAUAACAUUAGAUUUCGAACAAUUUAUGAGGAUAUAUAACUUUGAAAAAGGUAGAAACUAAGAUGGCAAAGCUAUUCUUAGUCCAAUCAGAAAAGAAUAGGCAAAUACUGAGGACAAUAAUUAAAGCUAAAAGAAAAUUAAGUAAUAAGGAUAGUAUACUUUGUAUAAAAGAGAAGCUAUAAAUUAUUAUAGACCCAGUUCGAAGAAUAAUUCAACAAGUAAAUUAUAAUAAAAUAGACCAAUGAGCACUUAUGCCAAAAAUAUAUGUGACUAGACUAGAAAAUUAAUGAAGCAAACGAACGAAAUCAGGAAGAAUAUGUAAAAAGGGAACAAAUCUUUUAUUGAGGGAGCUCAUAAAAAGCAAAAGGAUGAGUAAGAUGAUUAGGAGAUAAAAAGGCAAGUAGAUCUGAUUAAAUAAAAUAUCUUCUCAAGAGGAUCACCAUCUAAAACAAUUGAUUAUUAUGCUCUCAAUAGGUAAACUCAUACAAAUAGCGAAGUUAGUCCAAAGAGUAUAGCAAAUAUAAGAUAAUAAAAUAAAUUACACUUUGAUAAAUCAUUUAAUGGAUACACCAUUGAUAAUAGCCCACUAUAAAAGCCUAAAGGUAAAAUUUAAAGACCAAAAACAGGGAUUGCUCAAAAUAAUAACAAAUUUUACCAGUCAAACCAGGAUUUUAGCAUUAAAGAAUUAAGAGAUAAUGGAACAUCGCAAGGUUCAAGAGUUAGAUAGUAAAGCUAUACAAACACCAACCCAUAUUUAUAGAAUUAAAAAAUCUCAAUGGGCCAUUAUAAUGUUGUUAAUUAAUCUAAUUCAAACAUUAAAAAAUAAGAUAUAACAACUUAGAAUGCUGCUGCUCUUGCUUAGGUCUAUGGAGAUUGUAUUAGUGAAAUGAACAGCAAUCAAGUAAUAAGGGGAGAUCUUGAUUAUACCAAGAAGCAUUAUAUCAAAGAUGUCAAGAAUUUUAGUGAAAAUAUCAUGGAUAUAUCUAAAAACAUUAAAUCUGAGUAGAUCAGAUACAAGCGAUUCAAUAACUAUCUUAGAAAAUGA